AUGGAUGAUAUCAUAGAGAUCACUGCAGAUAGCUCUUUGAGUUUUGAAGGAUUAUCCCAAUGUGUAAACAAGAAUGGUGAUUAUAUAACAGUUGGAAACAAUAAAAGGAAACGGAGUGAAAAAUAUGAAGCUAGUGAGGAAAUCCAAAUAGUGGACGAAAUUUCCCUUUCGUCAUCUCCGCAAAUUGAUGACCCAAAUGAAUCUGUCGCAAAGCCCACCACUACUAUUGAUAAUUCUGUGGAGUUUGAUCUACCGUUUGUGAACGACAGCACGGACAGUAACGUAAAAGCGACAACCUUUGGCAACGUCUCACAGUUGAAAUCAAAUCAAUUGAACAAGAAAAUUUUUAAAAGAUCACAUAGUUUAUUAGACGAUAUUAGAGAUGAACUUAGUAGCGAUAUGUCAAGUAGUGAAGAUUCCCUAGAUAUCGAUUAUAACCAACUUUCUGGCUCGAUCUUUAAAAAUACUGAAAGUCGUAAGAGGCAGAGUCUACUUCCGAAUAGUGAAAAACAGAAAAUGGGUACAGCAGGUGCCAAAAAUGUCGAUAAUUCAAAACAAGAUAUAAUUAUAAUUGAUGAAACGGAAUCUUCAGUCCCGAAAACUUUUGAAGAGAGCUCUAAAAUGAGCUUAGCUUCUCAGGACUUGCUUAAAGAUUUUCUAGCAUCCUCUCAGGGAAGAAUAGACAGUGAUUCACUGUAUACGAAAGAUUCUGCAUUGAUAACUACGUUCCCUGAUGAUAACAUUGUUACUAGUUCUCAGAAUAAGAAAAAGAACUUGUCAACUUCCAAUAAUUCAGAAACCAUACAGAAAAGAAAGGAAUCUAAUAUACGACUGUUGACAAAAAAUACAGAUGACGAAUUACAUACAGUUGAUCUUGAUAUCAGUUUAUUUUUAGAUGAUGAUAAAGCUGAAAUAACUCCCGUAAAGAUUCCUAAUAGGAGGAGCUCUUCCGUUUUCGAAAACCCUGCAAGGAAACUAGGUAAGGUUGCUCCAGUUAUUCAAAGAUCUCAAACUACACUAUUACCGGAAAACUCAGAUACUAUAUCUAACAUGUUAGGAGGUAAUUCGGAUUUUGUAAACACUCUUUCGAAAUAUAUUAUUAAUGGUAGAAAUUUUUCUGACGAAGAAUCAAAGAAUUUGAUUAAACAGUCACUACAAAAUGAUAAAAUUAAAUUCAGACAAGUCAAUCAAAUCCACAGAGACAAUCAAAAGGCGCGUGAAUGCAUUAUUGUCGAUAUGCCUAAGUCGUUGAUUGACACAUUUAAGGAUACCAAAAUAAACGUCGAAGAAUUACUUGAACCUGGUAAAUUACGUCGGGGUUAUGUGGACCAUUUACCAAUCAUUAGAUUUUUUAGACAUUGCGAUAGUAUAUAUGAUUUUAAACAUGAUUACUAUUACCCUUGCGAAUCCCAAAUUAUAGAAGAAAAUGUAGCGUUUCUAUUUUAUGAUACUAAAGAAUUUUUUGAUCAAUACAUUAAUAAAAAAGUUGAACUCUACAAGAGUAUUAAUUUUUAUACAAAACACGGCAAACAGAUCAUAGUUGUACUAAAUGAUAUAAAUAAAUUCAAACGUCAGAUAGAAGCAGUAGAAGAUAAACAGUACAAGGCGAAGGUUAAUGAACAUUUGGUUGGUACAACCGAAACAUCUAAAAAUCGAUCUAAAUCUUCUUCGAAUCUGGCUAUGGCUGAGAAACUUGGAAUGAGUGCAUUUACAUUAGAACAAAAAAUAAGAUUUAUUGAUAGAAGAUGGGGUGUACAGAUUGUCACAGUCAACUCUGCUAUGGAAUUUAUUCAUGCUCUUCCAAAUAUAGUGACGCUGAUUGCCAAAAAGAGGACGGACCCAACCUUAAGGUUUUUGAAGUACGCCUAUAUCAAUGUAAAGUCGGGCAAGGAUCAAUCAGAUAUAUUACGCAAAGUUAUUCAUGAUAUAGGUAAGAUUCCUGAUCUAAAAUCUGGCAGUAUUGUAAGAACAUACCCUAAAUUUGUUCAAUUAUUGAGUGAUUUUGAAAACGGCCAAUUAAGAUCAGAUGUAAAUGGUAAUCAUCUAAUGACUCCUGCCAUGGAAAGUAGGUUAUACAAACUUUUUACUUCCCACGAUCCGUCUGAAUCUAUACCUUAA